AUGGGUCAUACUGUGCAGCAUGAUGGCUUUGAUGAUGAUGGUUGUGACGCGAUCUGUCAUCAAACUUCGGCACCAAUUGCAACGUCACUUAAACAUUUUAAACCAAUACCUAAAAUUAUUAACGGUCACAAAUCAAAUUCUAAUCUUUUACGUUAUCAAGUCUUUUUAAAAAUUUUAUCAGAAACAAAUGAAAUCAUAACUUGUGGCGGUGUUUUAAUUUCAAAUUUAUGGAUUUUAACGGCAGCACAUUGUAUAUAUGGAGCUCGUCAAGCUGAAAUAAUUCUUGGAGCCAAUAAUAGAAAUAAUCGAUAUGAACGGACGCAACAACAUUUUUUUGUGAAGAAUUCUAAUUUCAUAGUACAUGCUAAUUAUCCUAGAUUAUAUUAUGAUAUUGGUUUAAUAAAAUUACCAAUUCAAAUUUCAUUUACUGAAGCUAUUCAACCAAUUAGAAUACCCUGUUUUAACGAGGUAAACAAUAAUUAUAUCGGAAGAAAAGCCUUAAUAUCUGGCUGGGGAAUGACAUCAGAUGGUAUUCAUGGUACAUCAUCAUGUAGUGGUGAUUCGGGUGGUCCAUUAGUUUUAUUAGAUAAUAAUGGUCAAAUUGAGAAAUUAAUUGGUCUUGUUUCAUUUGGUUUUAUUGGACAAUGUACAAAAGAUAAACCGCAGGGUUAUCUUAAAAUUAGUUCAUAUUUACAAUGGAUUCGACAAAAUACAAAUGGUCAAUUGAAAAUGUGUUAA